GCUUCCUCCUCCUGGCCAGCCUUGCUCUCCUGGCGCGCCUCGGUUUGGCCAGGAGCCUCCCCAGAGCCGCACCGGUCGCAGAAGCGCUCCAGUGCCGGAACCACUCCCAAAGCCUGCUGCGGGCCGUGAGCAGCGCGCUUCGGACGGCCGGACAAACGCUAAAAUCUUACUCCUGCAGUCCUGAAGAGAUCGAUCAUGAAGAUAUCACAAAAGACAAAACCAGCACGGUGAAGGCCUGUGUGCCCCUGGAGCUAGUCAAGAAUGAGAACUGCCUGGCUUCUGGACAGCCUUCUCUCAGAACUAAUGGGAGUUGCCUGACUUCCAGAAAGACCUCUUUUAUGAUGGUGCUGUGCCUGAAUAGUAUCUAUGAGGACUUGAAGCUCUACCAGCUGGAGUUCAAGGACGUGAAUGCAAAGCUUUUGAUGGAUCCUCAGAGGCCGAUCUUUCUAGAUCCAAACAUGCUUUCAGCUAUUGAUGAGCUGAUGCAGGCCCUGAAUGUCAACAGUGAGACUGUGCCACAAAAACCUUCCCUUGAAGACCCAGAUUUUUAUAAAACUAAAGUGAAGCUCUGCAUACUUCUUCAUGCUUUCAGAAUUCGUGCGGUGACCAUUGACAGAAUGAUGAGCUACCUGAGUUCUUCCUAAAGGGCUGAGGUCCCUCCCGACCUCGGUGUCACUUUUAUAAAAUUUGGCCCAAAGAAAUUUUAAUAAGCUGGGGGUUAGGAACUGGGGAGGGAGAAAGAGAGACUUGGUCAUACUUAAGCUCCUGCAAGAAUCCUCUUGCUUCUAUUAUAAUAGUGUGCCCCAUUUGAAAGGUGGUGGUACUAUGUCUACACAAUCCGUUUAAUCAGGUGACUUUCACAUUUACAUUUUAGUAUUUAUUACUGGAAAGUUUUUUUAAGUUUUUAUAAGCAAAUUGCUACUGAGAGAAAAUGUCCUUCCCGAAUUUAUUUCUUUCCCUUUAAAAGAAGAGCAGAAUUGAUAAGCUAUUUCCGUGCCAGUGUUCGUAGACACACUCAAGCAUCGUUUAUUUAAAAAUAUUUAUUGAUAUAUUUUGUAUUCAUAAAAUCAUAUGAACUAAUUUAUAUUUAUUUAUAUUAUAUUUAUUAAAUUAUUUUUAUCCUAUGCAUAUGAAACUUAUCUUGUAAAUGGUGAAUAAUAAAGCAAUGGAAUGAAAAUAA